AUGGCAGGAAGCACACAGUUGGUCAACUCCAGACUCACCCUUUCCGCUCAAGAUCUGACUUUUCCAUACAGGACAAUCACAGAGACCAAUAGCAUGGUGAUACCAACCACAACGAAGUACCUCUCAACCACACAAACCAGCACCCGCACCACAAUAGUCGAUCUGUGGACCGCAAGCCCUGCCUGCACGGCAGUACCCAAGUUCGAAUGGGUGCGUGACUGGCGAUCUCAGCGAUCACAAAGGACGGCAGAUCUCGUGAAAGCAGCGUGCAGCUGCAUUGAGAUUCCAGAGUCAACCAGCACAACUCUCGCAAUCGCAACCUCAACGCCGACUGUCACAAUCACAGAAGGCAUCACCGGCCUUGCUGAGGUCACUGCAGUGGAGACCCAAGUUGUCGUGCACACCCAUACCAAGUUCACCUUCUUGAGCAAUGAGAUGAAGGUCGACCUUGCCAACAGGACGGUAGUACUCAACGACAAGAGCUUGGUACUGCCGAGGAUAGAUCGCGUUGGUGCGGCUCAUCAGAGCAAUCGGUCGAGCAGAGCAGGUCCGGGGGCUAUGAUGGCGGGUGUUGUGAGGCAUAUUGGGGCGUGGAAACAUGCUAUCAGUUAG